AUGGAGCAGAACCAGGACCCGGAGGACUCCAGUAGACCAGCAGCAGGCUCUGAUAGCACCGAUGUUCAGGAAGGAAGAGAGAGACUCAAACGGCACCACUGUCAGCUCUGUGACAAAACCUACUCAACAGCUGGAGGUUUAAAGGUUCAUCUCCGCAUCCAUACUGGAGAGAAACCUUACAGCUGUGACCAAUGUGGGAAUGGUUUCAAUAGGCGGGAUACCCUGAGAAAACAUCAACGCAUCCAUACUGGAGAGAAACCUUACAGCUGUGACCAAUGUGGGAAUGGUUUCAAUAGGCGGGAUACCCUGAGAAUACAUCAACGCAUCCACACUGGAGAGAAACCUUACAACUGUGACCAAUGUGGGAGUACUUUCAAUAAAAAACGCAACCUGAGAUAUCAUCAACGUAUCCAUACUGGAGAGAGACCAUACAGCUGUGACCAGUGUGGGAAGACUUUCAAUGACAUACAGAACCUGAGAAUACAUCAACGCAUCCAUACUGGAGAGAGACCUUACAGCUGCAACCAAUGUGGGAAUGCUUUCAGUCUACUACAGAGCCUGAAAAAUCAUCAACGCAUCCAUACUGGAGAGAAACCUUACAGCUGUGACCAGUGUGGGAAUGCUUUCAGUCGACUAAACAGCCUGACAAGUCAUCAACGCAUCCAUACUGGAGAGAAACCUUACAGCUGUGACCAAUGUGGAAAAACUUUUUCUCACAGUGUUAGCCUUGAAUACCACCGACGCAUCCACACUGGAGAGAAGCCGUACUGGUGUGACCAAUGUGGGAAAACCUUUUCUCGGAGUUCUAACCUUAAAAGACACCAAUGGGUUCACACUGGAGAGAAGCCGUACUGGUGUGACCAAUGUGGGAAAACCUUUUCUCAGAGUUCUCACCUUAAAACUCACCAACGGGUUCACACUGGAGAGAAACCCUAGUGGUGAGACGAAGGCAGGAAAAAAUUUUCUCUGAGUGGUAGUUUUUUAGAAAAAAUAAAAGUUGUUAGAGCAUUAUUAGUAGCCUUUUUUCUUUUUGAUAUCCACAUCAUAAGAUUGUCUUAUGCCUUCAAUAAAAACAGAUUGCUCAUUGUGCUGUCUGAUUAAAGUUCCUGGUGUUGGUCUGUUCUCUUAAAGCCUCCUGCGACUCCCUCACUGUCACAGGUAGGAAACUCUUUGGGAUAGCCUCAAUGUUUUAUGUGAAACUUUUGAUGCUGAACUGAACAUUUUUACCGUUGAAUUAAACGGAAAAUGUCCAGCUGGAAACCACAUCAUCCCUCAAAUUAUUCUUUGUCCUGAAUAAAUGAACCACGAGAGGAGAUGGAACACCAGCUCAUGCAUGUCUAAAGCAUUUUUUUGUGUAUUACACCAAUAUCAACAUGUACUGGUUAAAAAUAAAAUAAAGUCUCAUUAACACGUUGAAUUAUGUUUUUAUAUCAAUUUUCUCCCAACUCUGUUUCACACCAUCAUCAUCAACUUUCAAAAUGAUCAAACAUGCCAUAAAAAUACAUCUAAAAACACAUUAAUUUAAUGGAAUACAUUGAAAAAAACACAGUCUGCACACUAAAUAAUGCUUCUAUAUAUUGAAUUUAAUAAUCACACAGUGACAUUUGGAGCAUGAAGCUCUAUAAACCUGAUUUUUUUAGAUGUUUAUUUUCUUCUAGAAAAUGAGCAGAACCCACCAUAUUUAAUUAUCGUUAACGGAAACUAACAAAAUAAUGAAAACUAGAAUU